ACACGGUUUCCACCGCAGCGCGCAGCCGCCCACCCAAAGAUCCGAUCAAACCGCGGAGAGAAGACUAUACUUUUUUUUUUGUCCCACGCGAGAACGAUUCUUUUCUUUUUUUUUUUCUUUUCGCUUUACCAUUCCUUCCUGGAAGUUUUCGGCGGGGUGCGGGGAGCGGAAGCAUUCGGCGGCGGCGGAGGCUCUGGCGCUCGAGAGCUUUUUCUCCGAGAGAAAGGAUUAAGUACAAUCAGAUAUGCCCACAAACAAUUUUUGUAAGGCAUGGCAUCCAAAUGAGGCACACCGCACUCCAUUAUUGGCAAACUGAGGUCAGAGCAUUCUGGUGGCCACUACACCUACAGGGAUGUUUCUUGUGUGUUUUGAUGCCCUGUGCCCCUGUUUUGGUUCAAGAAGGAAGGAUGGGAGUGAAGACCCUGUUCUUGGAAGAGAUGCAAAUUCCUUGAAUUCUUCUGAGCUGAGGUCAAUGUCUGAUAGAGUUCCUGCAAGCCCUCUUCGAGUACCUGCAAGUCCAUCUAGAUUUUCAUUGUCUUCAUCACCAAGUAGAAACGAGCCAUUGAACCUCAGUCUUGAACAAGUUAUUAAACUGACACAUAACUUUGCACCAGACCUGAUGAUUGGUGAAGGUUAUUUUGGAAAGGUCUACAGAGCACAGCUGCGAGAUGGCCACAUUGUGGCAAUUAAAAGGGCAAAAAUGGAACAUUUUGCUGCUUUACGUACUGAAUUCAGUAAUGAAAUUGCACUACUAAAGAAAAUUGAACACAGGAGUUUGGUCCAAUUACUUGGUUAUAUCGACAAAAGAAAUGAGCGAAUUGUCAUAACUGAGUACGUUUCAAAUGGCACUCUUAGGGAGCAUUUGGAUGGUCAACGUGGGCUUGUUUUGAGCUUUAGUCAGCGGCUUGAAAUAGCCAUAGAUGUUGCUCAUGGGUUAACUUAUUUGCAUCUGUAUGCAGAGAAGCCCAUAAUACACAGGGACGUGAAGUCAUCAAACAUUUUACUAACUGAAGGCUUCAGGGCCAAAGUGGCUGACUUUGGAUUUGCAAGGACAGGUCCUACAGAGCCAGACCAGUCACAGAUUCAGACUGAUGUGAGAGGCACAGCUGGCUAUGUAGAUCCAGAGUAUCUCAGGACAAACCAUCUGACAGUCAAGAGUGAUGUAUUCUCUUAUGGAGUCUUGCUCCUGGAAAUUCUUUCUGGUCGUCGACCUAUUGAGGUGAGGCGAGGUGCAAGAGAAAGGAUCACUGUGAGAUGGGCUUUUGAGAAAUACAACAGAGGUGAUGUUAAGGAAAUAUUGGAUCCAAUGUUGACUGAAUCAGUAAAUGAGGAUAUACUGAAUAAAAUUUUUGAUGUAGCCUUCCAAUGUGUUGCUCCUACUCGUGCUGACAGGCCAGCAAUGAAAGAAGUUGUAGAGAGGUUGUGGAAGAUAAGAAGGGAUUACGCAAAAACCCAACACAGAGUAGAAUUGGCUAUGUAAACCAUCUGAUCCUGGCUUCUGCUUUUGCUUGACAGAACAUUUGGUGAACUCGACAGUGCCCAGCAAAGAUCCACAAGAACAAUAAGUUCAUUUUUGUGAAUUGGGACAGAUGAAAUUUGUACAGGGUUGCAGGGUUAUUGUAUGCUCUGUACAUCUAUUUGUAUGUGUAGAAGAUCAAUGUGAUGUACAGCGACAUGCCAAUCAAAGUUUUUUCCGAUAUGGCCUUUUUGGCCAACCCAAUGCGUUCAGUAAUUUGUGCCUCAAGGAAGUGGGAAUGGUUUUAUUUUGAAGCCUCUCAGCAGUUCUUCAUACAACUCUUCGUUGUUGUGUAUAUUUUGGACAGUUCUUCAUACAACUCUUCGUUGUUGUGUAUAUUUUGGACAGUUCUUCAUACAACUCUUCGUUGUUGUGUAUAUUUGGCUGGUCCUAGUACUCUAGUAGUACAGCUGAUCUUUUUGUCAUGUUCAGUUUUGCUCAUGAUGUGGGGGUGUUUUUGUCUUGUAAUUACGGCGUUUGGAGUGCUGUAACCAGAUCUUAUAAGGCAAUGGUUGUGCGUUAAUCGCAAUUGUUUAA